AACCAAUCUCAAAGAAUUAGAAGACGACGACGACCACUGAUUCAGCGGAAGAGAUGAAUUCGAGAGAUCAGGUACGAGCAUCAUCAUCAGGUGAGAAUCUGGAUCUGUAUAAACAUAGGGAAGAAGAUGAAGAAGGGUUUAUGUCGGUGGAGAAGAUAUGUCGCCUUCCUGUUUCUAUAAGAUUUAAUCUACCAAAGAAAAACUCUACAAAGAGAAGAAGAGAAUCUAGAGAAGAAGAUGGCGAGAAGAAGAAAGCGAAAAUGAGUUCUGGAGAUAAGGUUUUGAGUAUCGAUGAGAUUAGGAUAGUGAGGAGGCGAGGGUAUCUGAAGGAUCGAGAGAAGAAGAAGGUCGAGGAGUUAAGGGAUGCGAUAGAAGACGAGAUUAUGUUCUUUGAUGGUGUGAAGGUUACUGAGAGAGAAGAAAUUGCGCUUAGACAUAAGAUAGAGUUGUAUGAAUUGGUGAAGAAAACAGAGGAUGAUGAUGUUGAAGGGUAUAGGAUUCCAGAUGCUUAUGAUCAAGAUGGGUGUAUUGAUCAGAAGAAGAGAUUUGCUGUGGCCGAGCAGCGUUAUAGUGAGGGGAAGAGGACUGGGAGAGUCGUUACCGAGCAAGAAGCUUGGGAGGAACAUCAGGCGCAGAAAGCUAGAGUAGGUUUUGGUGGAAAGGAUAAGAAGCAAGUUUGUGAUGGGUAUGAGUUUGUGUUUGACGAGUUAGCAGGUUUGGUUGAGGAAUCUAGUAGUGAGGUGGAAACUGGGAAGCACCGACGUUGUUACUCGAAAACAGUUGCAGAUAAGGCUCGGGAAGAGAGGGAGUUUCUUCCGAUUCAUGGAUACCGGGAUGAAUUGCUGUAUCUCAUUGAAAAAAAUCAGGUUCUUGUGAUUGUUGGGGAAACGGGAUCAGGGAAGACUACGCAGAUACCACAGUAUCUUCAGGAAGCCGGUUACACAAAGCGUGGAAAGAUCGGUUGCACUCAGCCUAGGAGAGUUGCUGCUAUGAGCGUCGCUUCCCGAGUGGCUCAAGAGGUUGGUGUUAAACUGGGACAUGAAGUUGGGUAUUCCAUCAGAUUUGAAGACUGUACUUCAGAUAAAACAGUUGUGAAGUACAUGACCGAUGGGAUGCUGUUGCGAGAGCUACUCACAGAACCGAAACUUGAUAGCUAUAGUGUGAUCAUAAUUGAUGAGGCACACGAAAGAACCCUGUCCACUGAUAUUUUGUUUGCCUUAGUUAAGGAUGUAACAAAGGUUAGGCCUGAUCUGAGGUUAAUAAUCUCAAGCGCAACGCUUGAAGCUAAAAAGUUCUCCGAAUACUUUGAUUCGGCUCGGAUUUACCUAAUCCCAGGACGAAGAUAUCCAGUUGAAAAGCUAUACAGAAGAUGGCCUGACGCUGACUACUUGGAGACAGCAAUACGUACUGUGUUUCAGAUCCAUCAGACUGAGCCGACUGGAGACAUUUUAGUUUUCCUCACAGGUCAAGAAGAGAUUGAAACAGCAGAAACAAAGUUGAAGCGAAGGAUGAUAGAUUUGGGUACAAAGAGCUCUGAGAUCAUUAUCUGUCCUAUCUACUCAAAUCUCCCAACCGAACUACAGGCAAAAGUGUUUGAACCAGCUCCUAAAGGGUCGCGGAAAGUUGUCCUGGCAACCAAUAUCGCAGAAACAUCAUUAACCAUUGAUGGGAUAAGGUACGUCAUUGAUCCGGGAUAUUGUAAGAUCAACUCAUACAACCCGAGAACCGGAAUGGAGUCAUUGCUUGUAAGUCCUAUUUCCAAGGCCUCCGCAGAGCAACGAGCUGGUCGGUCUGGAAGAACAGGUCCAGGAAAAUGUUUCCGGUUGUACAAUGUAAAGGAUUUGGAACCCACCACAAUACCGGAAAUCCAAAGGGCUAACCUUGCAAGUGUUGUGCUUACUUUGAAGAGUCUUGGGAUUCAAGAUGUGUUCACUUUUGAUUUCAUGGAUCCUCCACCAGAAACCGCUCUUUUGAAGGCUCUAGAGUUGCUCUAUGCUCUGGGUGCUUUGGAUGGAAAUGGUGAGAUUACUAAGGUAGGAGAAAGAAUGGUGGAGUUUCCAGUUGAUCCGAUGCUAUCAAAGAUGAUUGUUGGUUCGGAAAAGUACAAGUGCUCGAAAGAGAUAAUCACGAUAGCCGCCAUGUUGUCUGUAGGGAACUCAAUCUUUUAUCGACCAAAGAACCAGCAACUUCUCGCCGACAAUGCUCGGAUGAAUUUCUAUGUAGAUACAGAGAAUGUAGGCGACCACAUUGCGUUGUUAAGGGUCUACAAUUCCUGGAAAGAAACAAACUACUCGACUCAAUGGUGCUACGAGAACUUCAUUCAGAGCAAGAGUAUGAAAAGAGCUAGAGAUAUACGUGACCAGCUGAUUGGACUUCUAAACAAGAUUGGAGUAGAACUUAAUUCCAAUCCGAAUGAUUUAGACGCAAUAAAGAAAGCGAUCUUGGCCGGAUUCUUCCCGCAUUCUGCAAAGUUACAAAAAGAUGGAUCGUACAGAAGAGUGAAAGAACCUCAGACAGUUUAUGUACAUCCUAACUCAGGCUUAUUUGGGGCAUCACCUAGUAAGUGGUUGGUGUAUCAUGAACUAGUACUUACUACCAAGGAAUAUAUGAGGCAUACAACCGAGAUGAAACCCGAGUGGCUAAUUGAAAUAGCUCCUCAUUACUACAAGCUUAAAGACAUUGAAGACACUCAGCCAAAGAAAACACACAGAAGAAGCGAAAGAGCCUCAACGUCAAAGGUUGAUACUCACAAGAAAACCCGGACAUCAAAGGUCGAUACGAACAAGAAAGCAAAGAGUUAUUUCGAGUUUACUGGGGACUAUAGACAACUGAUAAGAAAGGGGAAAAUCAAGAAUUCAACAGCGACUGAAAAACUCACCGGGUAUAUACACGGGGAAGAUGCCAGGAUUUUCACGGGUGGUGGAGAAACACCUGGACAUUCUUCCGUUUCAAGAGAAGUGUUGGUAACCUCAACAGCAGUUACCCGAUGGAGAAGAUUCCGGAUGCCAUCCACCCAUGUCUGCUUAUCAGCCUUGCUCUUGCACUUGAACUUCGUUAGACCUUUCCCAGUACUGAUUCCUAAGUAGAGCUCUUCUUCUGCGUUUUCUGUUUCUUUUCCAUUUUGCAGGCCCGAGACGAUCUCGCAUACAUCAUUUACAAUUCCUGUAGUGUGUAGUGAUUUAACCAUUGGAUCAAGUAAGCAUUGGAAAAAGUCUCAAGACUACUUUGGCUUUACACAAAUGAACACCACGACCAUUGAAAGAAAGAAGAGAUAUCUGAAGGUGACAAUAGUUAGUUAACUACCUUUGCUUUUCAUGGAGAACGCUCCUCUGACGUGUUUGCUUUUGAUUUCUACUACAACCUGCAAGAGAAAACGAGUUGAAUGUCAACUCUAGAAUUUGACAACCAUAAAACUUGUUUGCUUUGAUGAGUUUUCGCUUUUUUUUAAACCUGAGAUCUCUUGUUGAUGUACACUUUUAUAUGCUUCCACCGCAAAGCUCCUGAAAGGUUCAUAA